CUGUGCAGCGGAGAAGCAGAGGAGAAGAGGGGAAACAAACACUAACAUGGGGACCUGGAACUGUUUAAUAACUUUGCUCCUGGCGCUGCCGUCGGUUCUCUCUUUGACGUCUAUACACUCAGACUCGCUCCUUUACCCCUAUGGGGAGGCUCAUAACGACAUGAUGACUGAAAUUGAGGAUGACGGCGGCACAGGCAUGAUGCACAUAAACUAUGCAUUUACCUUCUUUGGUGAAAUAUACAGAUCUCUUUGCGUCAACACCAACGGGGUUAUAUCAUUUCUACUGCCAAUGGAAGAAUACACCCCUGACAUGUUUCCCAUUGAAGGCUUGCAUAUGAUCUGCCCCUUUUGGUCAGACGUGGAUAUUGAAUGCGGAGGGUUAAUCUUUUACAGGCAGUCGAAGGAUGAGGCUAUUCUGAAUCGAAUUAACGAUGAGAUAAACAAAUGUUUUGAAAAUGCACAAUUUAACGCAGAAUGGUGCAUGAUUAUAACCUGGGACAAAGUGUCAUAUCACGGAAGCGAAUCCAACAAGACGAACACCUUCCAGGCCAUCCUCGCGUCCGAUGGUCCGAGGUCUAUGGUUAUGUUUAUCUACGAGAACAUGGAGUGGAGCGCAGGCACAGCUAGUGGCGGACACCCUUUGACAGGUCGUGGAGGCAUUGCUGCCCAGGUUGGGUUCAACGCAGGGAUGGAAUGCUUCAACGUUCCCUUCUCCAGGACCGAAGAAAUUAUAAAUAUUAAAUCUAGCAGCAAUAUUGGCAAACCUGGGGUAUGGGUCUUCCAAGUAGAUCGUUUUCGUGUGCCUGGUGGCUGCAUUCACGGCGAACAUUUCCUUCAUUAUGGACAAGUCAUAUGGAGUGAUGAAACAUGUUCGACAAAAUGUUCCUGUAGGCACGAUGGGACAGUGCAAUAUGAAGAAAAGCCAUGCGAUGAAGGUCUGGUCUGUCUGCCCUUUGGACGACACUACAUGUGCCAGAUCAAUGAGAAGGACUGCUAGAAACCCAUCUAAAGAUCUUAUGAUGGGUCUGCUUCCCUUGCUUGCAUUCCUCUCUCAGUCUAUCAGCUAUUUUUCACAAUCUUAUUUAGUUAUAACCGAUAGAAUGAACCCAACCCUUUAUGUUCCACCAUAGCAUCCAUCCAAAUCUCCAGACUCUAUCAUUUCUGAUGUUACAUUAUAUAAAUUAGGCCAAGUUUUUGAUUAGAAGAAGACUUAUAUUUUUGGAUAAGUUCAAUGGUGUCUUAUUCUAGUCUCCAAAACUUUUAACCAUGGUCCAGAAGAUAGAAGGCAGUCAACCUGGUCUGUCAUUCCUCUGUUUAUGUCAGAUAUAAAGGUUCACAUCAGUCUUUCCUCGUCUCCUUUUUUCUUGAUCACA